CUACCGUUGAAUCGCUAUUGGUUUUUUACCCACAUACCCACGAUGAUGUUUUUCCAUCGUCCAAAUGCCAGCAGCGGGAUUGCGAUCCUCGUCUGUGCCGCUUUCAUACUCUUCAUUCUAGCGUCGAAGCCUCCAUCACAUCUCUCGUCACCGGUUUCAGUCCAUCACAACUCGAACUGGCGUGACCCGGAAAGCGAUUCAUACUUCUGGAAGUCUUUGCCGAUAAUCUACCCUCCGUCGUCAAUCCAGACCCUGCCGACAAGUAGACCUGUUUCCUUUCCCGCCGUUCAAGCCAUAUCGUUCCCCGAAUCUUCUGCUGAGAAAGCUCUCAGGAAGGAACGUAGGCAAGCUGUGAAAGACACAUUCAUACGGGCAUGGACAUCCUACUGCGAGUACGCCUGGCUCGCCGACGAGCUCGCACCGGUUUCCCGAGGCAAACGAAGCACUUUCGGCGGCUGGGCUGCCACACUGGUAGACUCGCUCGACACUCUGUGGAUCAUGGACAUGCGCGAAGAGUUUGAGGAGGCCGUCGCCGCAGCAACAACCAUCAAUUUCACCAGUACCGACGCUGGUGAAAUCAAUGUCUUCGAAACUACCAUCCGUUACCUUGGCGGUUUCCUAGGUGCAUUUGAUGUCAGCGGAGACCACCGACUACUCAGAAAGGCGGUCGAGGUUGGAGAGAUGCUAUACAAGGCCUUCGAUACACCCAACAGGAUGCCUAUCACAAGGUGGGACAUACAGGCCGCCAUGCUCAAUGACAAGAGUAAGCAAGUGGCGGGCUCAUCGACGCUUGUUGCCGAGAUUGGUAGCUUGUCAAUGGAAUUCACGCGUCUGUCCGUUCUCACGGGAGACUCAAAGUGGUUUGACGCGGUUCAUACGAUUACCCAACGCAUGGAGGAGCAGCAAAUGUGGACAGAGUUGCCUGGCUUAUGGCCACUCGUCGUUGACGCCGAGAAGCUUCUCUUCAGCCUGGGAUCGACCUUUACACUCGGAGCCAUGGCUGGCUCGGCGUAUGAGUACUUGCCAAAAAUGUCAGCCCUGCUCGGCGGCCAGCUGGAUAUCUACCAGACCAUGUACGAGCGCGCGGCUCAGACAGCACUCCGGCAUAAUCUCUUUCGACCCACGGUCCCUGCGGAGGAGGACAUUCUCAUCGCUGGAGUGGCCCACACAAGUUACGGCGGUCGCAAUGUCGAGCUGGAACCCGCAGGCCAACAUCUGGUUUGUUUCUUCGGAGGCCUGAUGGCCCUUGGAGGCAGAUUGUUCAGUCGAAAGCAGGACGUCGCGGCUGCAGAGAAGCUCGUAGAUGGCUGCAUCUGGGCCUAUAAGUCAAUGCCUCACGGCGUUAUGCCGGAAACCUUCAAAGUGUACCCCUGCUCAUCGCCACAGAAUUGCACCUGGGACGAAUUACUGUGGAUGAGACAAGUCCUCCGAGAAAAUAAUGUGAGGGACGUGGAAAGUCUUAGCCAGUCUCAACUGGUUCAGCUCGUCACGGAGAAAAACGUGCCCAGAGGAUUCACAGCGAUCCCGGACGAUGCGUAUCUGCUCCGACCGGAAGCGAUCGAGAGUAUCUUCAUUCUGUACCGUGCAACGGGGCGCAAGGAUCUUCGCGAGGUGGCAUGGAACAUGUUCGCAGCAAUUGAUCGAAUCACGCGCACCGAGUUUGGUAGCUCUGCAGUACGUGGUGUUUCGGGCCUCCAUGGCAAGCCACUGCAAACAGACUCGAUGGAGUCCUUUUGGCUGGGGGAAACGCUGAAAUACUUUUACCUCAUUUUCAGCGACCCGAAUAUCAUCAGCUUGGACGAGUUUGUGUUCAAUACCGAGGCGCACCCUUUGCGCAGAUUGCUGCCAUAAUGGUAGACGCUGUGGAUAACGUAGAUUUGUAGCUUUAACCAAGCUCGGUAACUAUAAGCCUAUGCCGGUGGGAUGUAAUAAUUGUAAAGGAAGGGUGAUUGAGCCUUGGGAAACAUGAGUGUUUAGCAAAUUUUGAGUGUUCCUAGCGUUAGUAGUCCUUACUCAUAGACUCAUCGAUGCUUUGAAGCUUUUAGGCCGAUCUGGUCCAUA